UGAGCGAGAGAGAGAGAGGGAGAGAGAGGGAGAUGCACGGUGGACGAAAUCACAUCGUAGGGGAGUAAUAAUGUCACACAAACCAGAGGCCAGGUUUUCCAUUUGGACGGCGCCGCAGGUUUGACGCGCAUUUCGGUUUUGGCACAAGUUUGGCUCCUGGAACCUGGUGACCCAGUGAAUGGCCCGACUCUGCGCGACAAGUUGGGAGCAGGAGAAAAGAGCACUCCUAUCACUAUUUCUAAAGGGGUACGCUACGAUUUAAGGGGGCGUGGACGGCAGCGAAACAGCAGCGAGCAUGUUGGCUCUUCUUGGCCACAGUUCCAGUGUGGUGAUGUGCCGGCUGGAAGACCUGGAAUACGACGCGUAGACCGAGCGCUUGGACGCGGAACCCUGCGGUCGCCGUCAGUCGCCUGCAGUCUACUUUGUGUCAUUUUGAAACCCGUCCGUCGGCAUUGCUUGGAUUUAUUUCUUCUUCCACUGCCUUGUGGCGACGCGGAGGACUCGAGGGAAGUCGCGGCUCAACGUGUAACUGACGAAGUCUGGUCCAUUUGAAUGACAGUAUUUUGAGGCGUCUGAUCCAUAUUUGUUUAAGGACGCGUAAUUAUUAUUAUUUACCGGUUAUGCACGGUAAGUCAAGGUGGACAAGCAAAAUCAAUUUGUAGAAUUUGCCUCAAGUGAAACUCGAGGGGUUUGUGUUUCUGAAUAUUGACAGGUGUUUUCCGUCAUUUGGACUGUGUCAAGCGAAGUCUCAGUUUCUAGAAUGUGAAAUGCCACACACUCAAAAGGCUACACCAAAUCUCUUGUGAGGAUAAGUAACACAUUGUUUGAUCCAGAUAUAUUUUUGUCCACCCGAAAAACGCGCACUGUAACGGACCACCUUAUGAUGCGCCUGAAACGCCGAAUGGAAAAGUAACAAUUCCGUGCCCUCUUACUCCCGAGUUGUAGCCGAUUUGGCGACAGCCAAAAUGACAAGCACCGGACCUGUCAUCGUCUACGAGUGGCUGAAGACCCUCCAGCUUUCCCAGUACGUCGAGUCUUUCGUGGAUAAUGGAUAUGACGACCUGGAGGUUUGCAAACAAAUUGGAGACCCCGACCUGGAUGCCAUCGGCGUCUACAUCCCUCACCACAGGCAGAGGAUUCACGACGCGGUGCGGAGGCUGAAGGAAGAAGCCAAAGAGACGGCCAGCGGACUGUACUUCACCCUUGAACCGAUCCCCCCCGCGGCCGAGGUUUACACGGGUCACCUGGCGGAGUACGAGUCGAAGCUGCGGGGAUCCAAGUCCUGGACCGAGCCCAACAGUGAGCGGGUCGGCCGCAACGGUGGGUACAUGGGCGCGCAGAGGAACCUGACGCUGGGCAACAGGAGGGAGCUGGUGAUUUACCCCAAGCUGAAGCUCAAGAUCAUGAUCAGGGAUAAACUCAUCAGAGAUGGCAUCAACCUUGGCAAGCCGCCCUACUCUAAUAAGGAUGGUUCUCUGGGAAACAUAGAUGACCUUGCCCAGGAGUACUCGGAGUACUACAACACCUGCUUUAGCGACGUCAGCGACCGCAUGGAGGAGCUACGCAAACGGAGGGUCUCCCAGGAGCUUGACUUGGAGAAACAAGACACAAGCAGCACCUCUCUGCAGCUCCGUAACGAGAUCCAGGAAUCUUUAGGCUUCAGCAGUGAGGUGUCCACCCCUGAAACGGACAGAAAAAUGUCUCUGCACAAGUCCAGCUCUGAAGAUGGAUCUGGAGGCAAGUGGGACAGUAAGAAGAAGAACAAAUCUUUCUGGCAGAACUUCCGCAAGUCCCAGCACAAGCCUGUUGCGCGACAGACAUCCAAAGGAGAGGACAUUGGCUACGUGGCCAGUGAGAUCACCAUGAGCGACGAAGAGCGGAUCCAGCUCAUGAUGAUGGUGAAAGAGAAGAUGAUCACUGUGGAGGAAGCUCUGGCUCGGCUGAAGGAGUAUGAGCUCAGCAGACAGUCCAGCAGCACUGACACUGCUGAGUGGACUGAAGGAUCUGCACCCAAUCUAAACCAGUCCUCCAACUGCAACUCUCGGGAACAGUCGGACGAUGAGCAAUCAGAGGACUCUGUGAAGUUCAAGCGGCUUCACAAACUGGUUAACUCAACCCGCCGGGUCAGGAAAAAACUCAUCAAGGUGGAGGAGGGCAAGAAACAUGCUUCUGAAGAUUUCCUGAAUCUAGAGGCGACUCCCACCUGUGAGGACAACACCGCUCUCUAUACGGGGGUCCUGAAGAAGCCCCUUUUGCCUCAGGAGGCUUCUCUGCCCUCCCUCAUCCACGAUCAACUCUCUCUGGAUGGAGACACGGACAGUUUGACAACCUCCCCUUCCUCCAGCAGCUUGGACACCUGGUCCGGACACAAGCUGGUCAAAACCUUUAGCAAGUCUUCCAGCACCCACGGUCUCAUCCGGCCCCCCAGGAGAACCCCGGCGGGCUCCAGCGCGCUCGGAGGCUCCUCUGGCGUGGCAGGCAGCGGCUCCUCCUUCUCAGAGCUCGACGGCUGUGGGUUGGACGAUGAGGGAAAGCUGUCGCGCUCCACAACUGACGGCGAGAUGAGGAAGGCCCUGAGCUCCAUCUCCCAUGGGGUAAGUAACAACGAGGCCCUCUACACCUUCUACGGCCUCACUAAACCUCGCCCAAAACCCCAUUCCCAGUCCCGUCUUUUGAUCUCCCUGGAUGACGGCCCGCAAGGCAGCCCCAAACACCAACCCGGCAACCGGCACCACGGCAGCUGGACGCACCGGAAGCCCGACCCCAACUACGCAUACUCCACCAAGCAUCUGCUAUACCAGCGCUCGCGCAAUGCCAAGACUCCUGUCUCCCCACUGUCCGUCACCCCUUCCUCCCCCGUGCGCUGCGACGUAGCCAAAUCGAAAGGGUUUGGAAGCGGGGGAGGGGGCUGGGUGUUCCCCUCUCGGAGGCUGCGCGGCCGAACCGCGGUCAGCGAGCUCAACAUCACCUAUGUGGUAGAACGGAGCCUGUACGGUCACCUCAACUGGGCUCAGCUGGUGCGCCCAGUUACCCUAAGUCGCGCUGAGCGCCGCUGUCUGUUGGAGGAGGACCGCGAGGCCGACAGGAAGUGGGCGGCCAGCGUGGACCGCUGCACCAAGCGUGUGCUCUUGCGCAUCCAGCAGAAGUCUAGGACAUGCAGCUUUGGAGGCUUUGACCUGUCCAACCGCUCGCUCCAUGUGGUCAACGCAGGCUCCGAGGCCAAUAAUAAAGAGCAGGAGGCGAUAUACAGAGAAGUGGUCAAGUCGCCCACUACGCCCCGGAUCUCCCUGGGCAAGAAAGUGAAGUCGGUGAAGGAGACGAUGAGGAAACGCAUGUCGAAGAAAUACAGCAGCUCCCUGUCCGAGCAGUCCAGUCCGGAUGGGACCCCAGGCUCGCCGCAGUCUCCUCUCCCUGACACCGACUCUCUGGAGAAACCCAAGCUUAAGGCCGGAGGCUCCGUGGAAAGUCUGCGUAGUUCACUCAGUGGACAGAGUUCAAUGAGUGGCCAGACAGUGAGCACCACCGAUUCAUCGGCCAGCAACAGAGAAAGCGUGAAGUCGGAGGACGGUGAUGACGAAGAGCCGCCUUAUAGGGGGCCGUUCUGUGGCCGCGCCCGAGUCCAUACCGACUUCACUCCCAGCCCCUACGACAGCGACUCCCUGAAGCUCAAGCGUGGGGAUGUGAUUGACAUCAUCAGUAAGCCACCCAUGGGAACGUGGAUGGGCCUGCUGAACAACAAAGUUGGCACCUUCAAGUUCAUCUACGUGGACGUGCUGAGCGAAGAAGAGGAGAAGCCUAAAAGGCCCGUCAGGAGGAGGAGGAAGGGCCGACCACCUAAACCCACAUCGGUGGAGGAGCUGCUGGAGCGCAUCAACCUCAAGGAGCACAUGCCCACUUUCUUGUUCAACGGCUACGAGGACCUGGACACAUUCAAGCUGCUGGAGGAAGAGGACCUGGAUGAGCUGAACAUCAAAGAUCCUCAGCACAGAGCCGUACUGCUCACUGCUGUAGAGCUGCUGCAGGAGUAUGACAGUAGCAGCGAUCCGGAGCGCAGCGGCUUAUCAGGCUCCCAGGAGAAGCUGCUGUCUGACGGUCGGGGCCUGGUGGGUGACUCCCCCCGGGACUCCGGGUGCUACGAGAGCAAUGAGAACCUGGAGAAUGGUAAGAGCAGAAAAACUUCCCGUUCGAGUCGUUCUUCAGCGGGACUCCAGUCCCCAGACUACCCGACACUGCCCAUGACUCUCUCCACGGAGGCUCUGCAACAGAACGGCAAACACCAGCGCACGAAGUUCCCGAAAAGCUUCUUCAUCAAGCCCCUCUCCCUUAAGGGCUUCAACUUGCUGGGGCUUCGCAAAGCUCAAAGACGGUCUCCUAUCCCAGCCAGCCGCAGCUGCGAGGAUCUCGACGGCCCCCCACAGCCCACUGGACCCUUGAAACGCUCUCACUCUCUGGGAGACCUCCACUGGGAGCAGAAAAGUGACCUGAGCGUGGAGCUUAAGCCCACCAAGGAAGUACCCAGAUCAGGCAGCGGUAGCCCCUACAAGGGCUCUGCAGAUGGAAGUUCUCCAUCUCAAAAUGGGACUCCGCCAAUGGUGAGCCCCAAAAGAAGAGUCGAGAGGCCGCCUCUACCUUCCCAGCUGCCGCUCCGCUCCCCUUGCCCGGCAGCCCAGUCCCCCAACCCUCCAGAACCCCUCUCUAGUUCCACUCCAAGUCCUCCUGAUUCUAGUGCAAGCGGCGAGAGGGUCAUCCGGACUCACCCCAAAAAGCCUCCCAUCCCUCCUCCGGUUCCCGCCAAGAAGUCUAGAGAAAGACUGGCCAACGGCCUGCGUCACCCGCCUCUCUCCCUACCCUCCUCCCCGUCCCCCACAGCCUCACCUACCCACUCCUUCAACCGUUCCCACCCCAGCAGCCCCGUGAUCCGGAGCAGCAGCCCCAGCCUCGUUGCCCCGGCCCUGCCCGCCAAGUCCCCGAGUACCCCGGCCAGCCCGUGCACCACCUCGUCGGCGUCGUCCAUGGGCGAGGACUCGGGAGGCAGUCCGCCGGCGGCGCAGCCUCCAUGGCUCUCAGAUCUCGGGGGGAAGAUGGCUGUCACAAGAAAGGCUUCCCAUACCAAGAUGAGUCCUGACCUGCUCACUCUCCUGGAACAACGGCUGCAGGCUGAGGGCAUCGAUCUUACCGAGGAGCCCUACUCUGACAAGCACGGCAGAUUUGGGAUCCCCCAGCCUCUGGUGCAGCGUUACUCCGAGGACUUGGAGCAGCCGGUCAAAGACGUGGCCUCCACCAUGGACCAGCUCCGGGUCAGAGAGCUCCGUAAACAGCACCGCAUGGCUAUCCCCUCUGGAGGUUUGACAGAAAUGGGCCGGAAGCCCCUGUCCCUUAGUAACGUCAGCACGGUCUCCGACUGGCUCGUCUCCAUCGGCCUGCCCAUGUACGCCGCGUCCCUGGCGGCGGCCGGGGUCGACACGCUGAGCCGCGUGGCCUCGCUGACGGAGAGCAGCGCGUGGGAAGCCGGGGUGCGCGACGAAAGACACGCCCGCCGCCUGGUCGGCGAGGCGCGCUCGGUCAGCGCGCACAGAGAGGCGCAGUCCUAAUCACGUCGGUUGAGUCAGACAACUCACCGGUCAGUACCGUCUCGUUUAGAAAAAAAAAAAAAAAAAAAAAACGGCCAGUAGGCGACAACGACAGCGCACAGGUGACCACAGCACUUCCUGUCAAAAGACUGUUUUUUUUUUUUUUUUUUUUGUUUUCUCUUUACAACUGUCUUUUCUCAAAUGUUUACGGCAUUGCGGAGUUUCUCCCAACAGCCACGACAUCAGAUGCCUUUUCGAAAAAGAAAAAAACAAAAGUAAAGACUGUAGACUCGCUCUGUGGGAUGGCUUCCACUCUGAAGACACGCCCCAAGUCUUAAAGCAAAGACAUGGAUCUGCCUUUAAGGAAGAUAGCACACUCUUUUGUAGGAUGGACCUUUUUUAAAAAAGAAGAAAAAACAAACAAACAAACAGAAAGGCGGUUUAUUUCCUGCGUAUUUCAUAAGUGCUUCAUUUUCAUCCCUUUGCGGUGGUGGCGAGGAGACACAAUCUGAGGGUCUUUUUAAGGAGGUAGCUCGGCCAAAGCGAUUUUUUUUUCUUUUUACCCCUUCACCUUCAAUGUUCCAUGGUUUCAAAAGACUUCACUUAACAUCCGGACUUUUAAUCAGCUACUAAGUACACACACCGACCCGAGGAGUAACAGGUGGCUUAUUUUGUAUCGUGUUUCUGUAUUAUAACGUGAAUGCACAUCUUAAUUUUAAAACGACUUGUAUGUUUGAAAGUUGUGUUCGCCUUUUGAAUAUCGCAGCCUUAUUUCGAAGGCCCGCUCUCAUUUCUAAGCUGAAACAGCCGACCUUUUGUAUUUCAUAUUGUGCCGUAUCGUGCUGCGUACCCCGGGUGCACACAUCGCCCCGAUAUCAAGAGUCCUACUUUGUCUCGCUGUAGUAAACGCAAUCAGCUUUCACCCAAAA